AUGACAAAUGACGUGCUUUUUGCCACGCCAGGUCUGAUGACACCUGUGGUUCCAGAUACGCCUCAACUCCGGUUAGGACGAAAGUUUGACGGUCGAGGCAGAAGUGGCGGAGGUGUUGGAGGGGGUCCUGAGUGGGUGGGACUCGGACCAAGAAGCGAAAGAAGCGGCUGCCCCUCUGGUACCACCGAUGACAGCGGAAAUGGUGUUAGCAGCGGCAGUUUCCCAGCAGGCGCCAACCGUACUGGACCGGCCGAGGGCUUGUUAGAGGCUAGUUCCAAGCGUACCAUCAACUCGGGCAUUCAUUGCGCCAAACGCCUUCCUCAAGCACAAUCACCGGGAGUCACCACUUCCGGUUCCUCCAACCUUAGUCCUGAGGACUCAUUCGUGAGAUGUGCAAAAGGAAACCUCCAACCUACAAAUACGGCCUCCAGAUUCCGGCGAGACGGAGAUUCAAAUAAGGCGGUCGGCAUAACCACAGAUCGGGCUGGUACCGACUUUGUGUUCUGUCGGACGGACUCGAUGCACUGCUUGUGUACACGCCUUAUCGACGGUCCGGGCGACAUUCAAGUAGACUCGUCAUUGCUGAGCGCUGAGGAGGCAAGGAAGGCUGGUUCCAUGAAGACCGAGGCAGAAGUAGAGACCUGCUACCUCAUCGACUGCCAGACACCUCUAGUCGUCGGACGGAGGGCCAGACGUUAUGCAGGUCGGCCUCUUCAACGUAAUAUGCUCCUCCUCACCCGAUGCCUCUCUUUGCCCACUCUAUGCCCAGAAACUGGGCAGGAGACGGCGGAAGCAACGGUUCUGAAGUCGGCGAAUGGACCAUCGGCAGUACAAGAUGCAACCUUCCAGCUAAUUUCCGUUUCAAACACCAAUAAGGCGGUUCAAAACGCUCCCCCGUGCGCCGAGGAUCACAGGGUCCGCUGUACCACAACCUCAGAUGAGGCUAUGAAAGACGAUUGUCAGUCACCAGGCGCACCGUCGUCUCUGUCUCGUGCUGCUCUACUUUCAGCCGUCCUUCCACAGCGUCACUGUUCGCCUGCUCCCGUCUUCUCCAAGGUCUGCUCCGGCUUCAGUGAUCCCGAUCCAUCGAUCGCACCAUCCGCCGGCUCCACUGAAGUCGAUGACCACUGCGCAGACAGCUUGACUCUUUCAACACCUGAGGGCAAGCCAUUCACUCAGGCCAGCCCAUCCCACUGUACUCCUCUCUCCUCCUGUUCCUCUUCCAUCCCAUCUUUCUACACCUCCCUUGCGUCAAGCCAACUUCACGAAAAAGAGGGAAAACUGCUUUCUCGGCCGAUCAGCUGUUGUGAGAGCUCGGACGACCUGUCCAUCGAACUGGUCGCUUCCUUAGGACAGUGUAGCCCACCACAGGAAGCCCGACUCACAUUUACAGGAUGCUUACUGCCCCAUGGUGCCGGGUCUGAACGACAACUAUUUUUAUUAACUCAAUAA